AACGUGCUGGAUAUACAAAAUUGGGCGCUUAUCAAAUGUCUUAUCGCUCGAAUGAUCGUGUUAUUAUUGUUUCACAAAGAUUAUCUGAUUUAUUAUUUAAACGUUUAUCUGCUUACUUUCCUGAUUCUAUUAAUCAUGAUGGUAGUAUAUGGGAACCUAUUGGCUUGAACGAAGUAUUUCGAUUUUGUCGCUACGAUCGUGGUGGAACUUUUGAUGCACAUCGUGAUGCAUACUUUGCUAGAUCAGUGAAUGAACGAAGUUUUAUGACAAUUAACAUUUAUUUGAAUGAUACUGAUGGUGGUUGUACACGUUUUUUAAAUCCAACAGGAAAAAAAAUUAUUUUUCAAUGUCAACCACAAGCUGGAAAAGCACUCGUCUUUCUACAUGAUGAAUAUCAUGAUGGCGAUGUUUUACGAUUGGGUUCUAAAUAUCUUAUGAGAACUGAUUUAAUAUAUCGAUUGAAGUCCGAGAUUAAUCAACAAGAAUAUUGCCUGAAUGAUAAACAUAUUCAAGCAAAGCAAAUAUAUAUACAAACGAAAGAGCGUGAAAACAAAGACAGUUCAGCAAAGACGCUCAAUGUUCAAAGAAAACCAUGGUCAUGUAGUCUACAAUAA